AUGCAGCCUGCUUUAGUGACUGAACCUGCAUCGGUGACACAGGCUGAAACUGUGCAACAGCCUGCAUCAGCAGAAUUUUUGGGAAGAGGAAUGAGAAAGAAAAAAACUUCUGUCAAGUUACGUGAUUAUGUGUGCAAUACGACAUUUACAAUGAAUAAAUCAACUGUGAGUCAGGAGUUGAGUAAUGAUUACGGUAUUGAAAAUUAUGUGAAUUGUGAAAGAUUCUCUAUGUCCCACAAGGCAUUUCCGUGUAGUAUUACUCAAGGAGUUGUGCCGAAAUUUUUUGCUGAGGCUAUGAAGGAUCCGCGAUGGAGAGAAGCUAUGAGACUGGAGAUUGAGGCCCAAGAACGAAAUCAAACAUGGUUGAUUGAACACUUACCACCAGCAAAGAUGAGCACAGUUCGAUUGGUUCUUCAAGUUGCAGCUGGGAAAAAUUGGGAGCUACAUCAGAUGGAUGUGCACAAUGUGUUUCUUCAUGGGGAUUUGGAUGAAGAGGUGUUUAUGAGGGUACCUCAGGGGUUUGGUGCUUCUAAGAAGGGUAUGGAAGCUCUCCCGAGACCUGUAGAGUUUCCGAUGGAGCAAAAUUAUCAGUUGGGAAGGUCGAUGACAAAGAUACUUGCUGAUCCAGAGAAGUAUCGGAGACUUGUUGGAAGGUUGAUUUACCUGGCCGCGACUAGACCAGAUCUUGCCUACUCAGUUCACAUCUUGUCUUAA